CAGAGCAAAUGAACUGAAUACAUUAUGCAACAGUUCACUUUAGGAACAAGCUCAUCAUCCCCUUCUCCUGCCCCCAGCCAAUUGUAGCUCCUACCAUCCUUUGAGAUAUUUAGACUGGUCACACCUCAAAUAUUUUAUAUUCCACCUCAACUACUGAUCUUUCUGCUUCUACAUAUUAUGUCUACAUAUCAGAAGACGCUGCUGGUCCCUUUACCUUCCCCUUCCAUUUUUCUGUCUCUAGAAGUCAGGUGAAGAGGAAACUGGAGAGACUGAGCUAGAGCAGGGCUAAUGGUGUUAGUUCCAGAGUCCCAAAGGCCUGUGCAGAACAGCUCUAUGAGAUUCUACAAAAUCUUUUCAAACUUAGCUCGAUUCAAAAGAAGGUUCCAGGAUUGUGGAAGACAUCCUACUUGGUUCUGGUACCAAGGGAAGUUCAUAUAUAGGUUGUCAAUGACUUGUCAGACCUUUUGCCCUGACAACCCACAAUACAAAAACUAAAGGGGCACAUGUUGUUGUGGCCCCUUAGUUUUCUUUUUACCAUCCUAUGCUAAUUUUAAAUUUCUUUCAUAUCUUUAAUGAAUUGUACAUUUUGAGAGUAAACAAAUUCUAUAUGCUUUCCUUUGUAUAGGGUCUAAAGAAUCAGUCUCGGAUAAAUUUGAAUAUUGUCAGAUGUCCACCAGUAACUACAGUCCUUAUCAGGCGGCCAGAUAUGCGCUACCAGCUGGGAUUCAGUGUACAGAAUGGCAUUAUUUGUAGCCUUAUGCGGGGUGGAAUUGCUGAAAGAGGAGGUGUAAGAGUGGGCCAUCGCAUCAUUGAGAUCAAUAAUCAGAGUGUGGUGGCAACUCCCCAUGAAAAAAUUGUCCAGAUCCUGUCCAACGCUGUGGGAGAGAUUCACAUGAAGACCAUGCCUGCAGCCAUGUAUCGCCUGCUGACUGCUCAGGAGCAGCCCCUCUACAUUUGAUAAACCUUUUAAAAUUUAAGCCCAUGCUUGAAGUCAGCUCCAUUGUUUACUACAUAAAAUGAUAGUUCACAAGUGGAGCUUUUUUUCUUGUCUAGUGCAACUUAAAAUCAGAAUUAAACUGAAUUUACUACAAGACUUCUUUUUUGGGUUUAUUACAUUGGAAAGGAUGAGGACACUUUAUUGAAUGCGAGUCUCCAGCUGAACAAAGUAUAAAGUUGUUCUCUUUGUGAUUUGCUGUUGCUGUUUGAAAAGUUAACCUCAACUUAAAAUUAGAAACAUUUUAGUAUCUCUUUGCUGUUUAUGCAACAAGAUGAAAUGAAAAAUAGUUCUCUUAGUGUGUGGAAUAACUAUAUGAGCCAAGACAUGUUAUAAGAAACACAUAUUGCUUUCACUUUGCGUUCUAACCUUGUGUGCUGAUGUAAUUGG